UGCAAGGAUUCAAGACGGGAGGAGAGGGGACAGGGCGGAUCCGGCAACACCAAGUGACAUCACCGCCACCACCACCACCACCACCACGGCCGCUAGUGCCAGGCUAGGUGCACCUAGAGGAUGACUCACCGCCAGGGUGUCCCCGCGACAUCUCACGGCCGGGAGGAUCUCCUCCUGGCGCCUCCCUCGGAGCCUUCGAAGCGACCUCACCUGUGGGCACGGCACUUCAGAAGCUGGACUGUCGCUCUCUCCCUGGAUCUGGUUCCAACGUUGAGACUCACCCAUUGGUUCAGUUCCAGCCGCUACUGUUGACCUGAAGCUGGACUGUCGCUCUCUUCCUGGAUCUGGUUCCAACGUUGAGACUCACCCAUUGGUUCAGUUCCAGCCGCUACUGUUGACCUGUGAGACGUGGAGGAGGUGAAGGAGGGGGUGGACGAGGAGAAGGCGGUGGAGGAGGAGGAGGAGGAGGCGGAGGAGGUGGAGGAGGUGGCUCCUUCUCUACGCAUGGAGGUGCUCGUAAAGCGAGAGGUGGAGGAAGAGGAGGAGCCGGGCGGUGAGACGUGGCCACCCGUGAAGGUGGAGAGAGACGACGUUGAUGGAGGUGGUGGUCCUGGUCAGGAUCCUGAUUCUCAAGAGGAUGAGCUCGGCCUAGCGGAGGACCUCGGUGAAGAAGAGGAGCUUCAGUCAGAUGGCGGGGACCUUCAGUCCGAUGACGACGAUAUUCGUGUUAAAGAAGAACCUUUGGAGAAUACCAAAGAGGAGCUUGGGAGUGACGAUGGGGACCUUUAUUCGGACGAAGAGGGUCUUGACGUCAAAGAAGCGCCUCUGGGGAAUGAGGACCCUCGGCCUGGCGGUUCUACCGAGAGAGCCGGGGAGUCGCGGGGAGACUGGGGGACUCCGUCGGACGUGGCGGAGAUCGAGGUGGUCCUGGAGAACAGCAGGGGCCGGAGGAACCGGACGGACGGCCGGAAAUCCGACGCACGAGUGCCCCUCGUGCGGCCGGGCCUUCACUUGCUCGUCGGCCCUGAAGAGGCACGCGAUGACGCACACGGGCGAGAGGCCCUUCAAGUGCUCCGUGUGCGGGAACGGCUUCAGGAAGUCGUCGGCGCUCAAGAGUCACGCGAUGAUCCACACGGGCGAGAAGCCCUUCAAGUGCCCGCUGUGCCCCAGGGGCUUCGUCCAGUCGUUCGCCCUCAAGAGGCACGUGAUGAAGCACACGGACGAGAAGCCGCACAAGUGCUCGGCGUGCGGCAAGGCCUUCACCGACUCGUCGACGCUCCGGAGCCACGCGAGGAUCCACACGGGCGAGAGGCCGCACGGGUGCUCGACGUGCGGCAAGACCUUCGCGCACCUCUCCAACCUCAGGAGCCACGCCAAGAUCCACACGGGCGAGCGGAAUCACCGCUGCCCCGUGUGCGACAAGGGCUUCGUCGAGUCGUCGGACCUCAAGAACCACGCGAUGACCCACACGGGAGAGAGGCCGCACAAGUGCGCCGCGUGCGGCAAGGGCUUCACGAAGCCGUCCUUCCUCAGGAACCACGAGUCGACGCACGGGGGCGAGAAGCCGCACAAGUGCGACGCCUGCGGGAAGGCCUUCACCCAGCUGGCAGCCCUCAGGGUCCACGCGAUGGGCCACUCGGGCGAGAGGCCGCAUGGCUGCGACGUCUGCGGGAAGGGCUUCGCGCACCUCUCGGCCCUGAAGGUCCACGCGAUGAUCCACACGGGCGAGAAGCCGCACCGGUGCCCGAUAUGCGACAAGGACUUCAUAAAGUCGUCGGCCUGCAGCCGGCACGUGAAAUCGCACAGCGCGGAGAAGCCGUACAAGUGCUUCGUCUGCGGGAGGAACUUUGCGGAUCUCUCGAAUCUCAACUUCCACGUGAAGUGUCUCAAUCACUGAGACACUUCAAGUACAAUCCGUUUGAACGUAGAUUCAUAGCAAAGUUUUGGUUUACUUUUGGGGGUUAGAUCGCGUCGAUGUAAACGCGUCGUUAGGCCCGCCACACCGCCCGACACGGCCAAUUGGUUCGGGGUUUCGUCACGUGAACAAAACGUGCCAGUAGGUUUACCACUUCAGCACCCCGGCGUGUGCUGGAGAGUGAUCCCACGGAUGUUGUAAAUGCGCGUGCUCUGGGUUCGCGAGCUUCGCACAUUCGCGGGCUUUGCAACAUUCGCGAGCCGCCGAAUACAAAAUCUUCACCGUUUUUAAAAGGAGGGCUGGAACGAGAUCCGCUCUUGCCUUCCGAACGGACGACUGAGUGAAUGACAGCAGUCUAAAACUGCAUCUCCAAUCCGCUGCUGCUGCUGUGAGUCCACGCGAAAGACGAAGAAGAAGACCACCAAACGUCGCAGCUGUAAUGCCCCGGUACUCACGAGCGUCACGCAGCACCUACAGGUCACCGGUGGUGGGGGGGGGGGGGG